AUGAAAAUUGACUUCAUCAAUUGGAUUCAACCUUCUCUAGGAAAAAGUAUUCAAAGUUGGAAAUUAAAAUCUCCUGAUUUGCUCAUAGUGUUCGCUUGUGAUGCAUUUGUAAGAGCUCGCAUGCAGAAUAAUAAAAUCUCUGGUUGGUUGGCUAGAUCGGUUGAUGUUGUACAUAGUUUACGAGAAGAAGUAGAUUAUGUUGUGUUGCAGAACAAGGAGAAUAUUGAGCAUUGCUUAUGUUGCGGAAUGAAUUCAAUUGAGCUCAUCAUACAGAUAAACACAAAACACCAAACGACCUGGUGA